UGUGUUGUAGCCGAAUUGGGUGGCGCGGGCCGCGGUGUACUCCGCUACACCGGUGUUGUGCUACGCCGGUCACAGCGGUCCAGCAGUCGAGUCACUGUCCUCAGUGUCCUCCGAGUCAGCGUAUCGAGUCUUCGCCUGUCGCCGUCCGUCUGAGUUUUCGUCAACGAAAAUCCUAAAGAAAAUAGCGCAACAGUACGUCCGACACGAUAAUAAUAAUGGCUACUGAAAUAACAACAGUUGAUAGCCAAGAAUAUAAAUUCAAUCCUUUGAAUUUUGGCUCCUUACAUUUUACUGUCAAAGCAUCAAACGAUGCUCAUAUUGCAUUAACUGCUACUGCAGAUAACAAGCCGCCUAAAUAUGAGAUAUUCCUUGGUGGUUGGGGUAAUACAAAAUCUUCUAUACGCAAAAACAAUGAAGAGCCAGACAAGGUUAUUGUUGAUACUCCAAAAAUAUUAAAUGGUGGUGAAGCCAGAGGAUUUUGGAUCAAAUGGGGAGGUGGUUUUAUUGGUGUAGGAAAACAAGGAGAAGAAAAACCAUUUAUGUCAUGGCAAGAUGAAGAAUCUUUAAAUGUGUUGUUUUAUGGUGUUCGUAGUGGAUGGGGAGCUACAGGUGUAUGGACUAUUGAAGAUAAUAUUUACAUAAACACUGAAGAUAGCAAGGAAUUCAUAUUUAGAGCUAUACUUCAUGGAUCAAUAAGUUUUUCGGUAGAUAGUGCCAAUGAUGCACACAUUGUCUUAGCAACUAAAAAUAAAGAAUCUGAACCUAUGGUAGAGGUAUUAUUUGGUGGCUGGAAGAAUACAGCAUCUGCCAUUCGUUACAACAAACAAACACCAGAUAAGGUGCACGUUGACACUCCUCAACUUCUGUGUAAAGACACUCCAAAGAAAUUUGUCAUAUUUUGGAGAGAUGGUGUUUAUGAAGUGUUUAGUGAAAAAACUAAACUAUUUGAAUGGAAAGAUUCAAAUCCAUUUAUUAUUUCUCAUUAUGGAGUUCGCACUUGUUGGGGGGCUGUUGGUAAUUGGCACAUUCAUGGUGCAGCAGAUGCUCAAUUUAAAAGCCAAGUAGUUGCUACCCCAAAACCGAAACCUUUAAAAGGAAAAGCUCCACCUGCAGCUACACCUGGUUGGAACAUCGAUGGAGUUUCUUCUGGUCCAGUUCAUUGGGUUCAUGCUAGUAAUGGGCAAAUACCAUCAAAUGCUUUACCUGGUGGUUUUGAUGCUACCAAUGAACAGCUAUAUGUCGCCAGAGCUGAACAUAAUGGUGCUCUGAUUCCUGGUAAACUUGUUCCCUCACAUGGUGUUGUCUAUAUACCUUGGGGUGGUGUUGAAAAUCCCAAAGAAAACUAUGAAGUACUUUGCAACUGUAAUGGUACAUGGGUGAAAGCCAACAAUGGAGAAAUUCCAGUAGGAGCAUUAUCUUCGGGUCAUACAGAAGAUGGUGAACCAUUAUUUGUUGGACGUGGUGAACUUAAUGGUUCUUUAACUGUUGGAAAGGAGAAUCAGGAUAAUAUAAAACCACAGGAUAAUAUAGAAUCACAGGAUGAUAUAAAAUCACAGAAAACAAAUAAAAUGAAGAAAGAAAGUGAUGACCAUGAUAUUUUUGGUGCUUAUGUAGCUAUGGAAAUCAGAAAUUUGCAUACGACUGAUGCACAGAUCAAAUUAAGAGGACAAAUACGAGAUUAUAUAUCUCAAAUUGUUCGUGAAGAUUUUAUGGCUGUAAUCAAUCAAAACCAUUUAAAAGAUGGUUUAAAAGUUGAAACAGUUUCUCAAGAAAAAAAAAAGGACAGUUGGGAAUUCAUUAAUAAUUUUUGAAUCUUGUUUAAUACUACAUAAACAUUAUCUACUUAUAUCUUUUAAUAAGUAUACAUAAAUAACACAAAUAAUUAAUACAAAAUAUAUUUUUUCAUAUAAUUGGGCUUACUUAAAAUCAAAGUUACUUUAUUGGGAAGUUCUGUUGUUAACUUAUUCACAAUUUUUAAAUUAUUUAUAGCAUUUUAUUAUUUAUUAUUUUCUAUGAUGAUUAUUAAUAUGUUUCCUAUUUUAUUUUAUAUUAAACAUUUAAAAGAAUAUUUUGGAAACAACUAUUUUUUUGUGAAAUGAAUAACUAUUUCAUUUAAUUUUUGCAGUCUAUUAAAUUUUAUAUUGUAUUUUACUUUUUAAAUUUUCAAAUCUACUUAUCAGUGUUGUAUAUUAUGAUUUUUUUUCCUAUUAAUAUUGUUUAAUUAAGAUUACUUAAAAUAGCUUCCAUAAAACAUAGCUGUAAUUAAAUAAAUAUAGUCACUAAUUAUAAUUACAUGUACAUAUAUUGACAUACACAAAAGAAAACAAAGUUAAUUGAUAUGUUGUAAAACCCUCUAUACAUUUUUUUUAAAUCAAGACUUAUGAUGUAUUUUGAAGAGAUAUUUUUCAUUUUUCUCACUAAUUUCCUCAAAUGAAGUAUUAAUAUGACUAAGUAUGCUUAAAAUCAUCUUUAAAAUGUAAUAACACGAAUCACAAUUACUUAAUACCAGUGGUUUCCAAACUUUUACAACUGCGGAACCCUUGAGAAAUAGUUUGUGUUUCGUGAUACCCUCUUUUUUUAAAUAAUAUAAAAUAAUAAAAUUAAUAAUCCAAAUAUAAUAUAAAAUAAUUUUCUCAAUUAUCACAUACAUCUGACAGAACCCUUAGGAUUGUCCCUCGGAACACACUUUUGAAAACGCUGCUCUAUACUAAGAGGUGCAAAACGAGACCAGUACUUCAAUACUUGGUCUUCUUGUGUAUACCCUAUUUUUAAUUAUCAUAAAAUAUACUUUGUUUAUUAUUAAUUAGUUAGUAGUUUAUAUUUGUAUUUUUAAAUUAAAAUUGUUGUAAUAUUAUUUUGAAUAAAUAUUUUUAAUGUUCCUAAGUCAAA